AUGAUUUAUUUCUGCCAUGAAAAUACCUCUGUUCUUUCAGCACUGAACCAAAAUCCUCACGGAUCAUCACUUGAACAGCAAUUACUUAUAAGACAAACAGACGAAACUGGACAGAUCAACUAUAGCCUUACUAUUGAUCAAAUUUCAUUAGGAUCAACAGAGAUUGAAGAAAAGCCCACUAAUGGGAAGAAGCUUAUCCAAAUUCUCGGUCGCCGUCUUUGUUUACCAGCAGGCAUUACUGUCUACAUACGCAUUACUCGCAUCACAUUACAAAAUGGUACAAAUGGUCUCACUUUUCUUCAUCCAUAUCCCAUAUGGAUGAAUAAUGAUCAUGCGAAAGUUCAUGGUGGCUCAUUAUUUAUUCCAGUCACUGAACGAGAUUUAGAAAAUGGUUACAUCAAGAUCGAAAAUCUUGCCAUGCUUCGACUCACACAACCUGAUCUGGCAAAAAUUAAAACAUUGGCUGUUUAUUCACCGACACAACUAACAUUUACUGAUCUGCAUCCAACAGAAACAAAUAAAGCGAAGAAUACGAGAGAUAAAUAUGAUCUGCGACGGUCAUUAUUGGCUUUUCAACUAAUUCUUGUCGACGAGAAUAACAUGGCAUAUUGCACGGAUGCCAUUUGCAAGACAGGUAUAAUUGAGGAAUAUGAAGGUGAGUUCUGA